GUUCAUGACAGAUGUCAUGUUCACAUCGUCAAAUAAAGUGUUAAUCCGGAUUGAGUACACUAAUGUUUGAUAAAGCAUUGGGACGAAUUGCGAAAAGUCAGAGGGGUGCAAAUACUUCUGAAGUAAUUAUCCUCUUGAACGUUUGUCACAAAAAACAUUAGAAGCAUUUUGCUGCCACAAACUGCUGUUUAAUGAGGAUGUUUGUGAAAUGAAAGUGGAUUCUGGAUGGCGAAAGUGGGGAGUUGUUUCAAUCAAAGUGUGUAAAACAGCUACUGCUACAGCGCUGAUCAUCAGUAACCUACUGAUUCAUGAUUUUUUAAAACAUUUUUUACACUGUCAGCAAACAGUGGAAUACAUGAAUAAUAUGAGCCGAUUACGCACCCAGAGGGCUUGUUUCACACUGGCCUUAACACACUUACACUGUCUGAAUACAGAACAGGCGUGUGUGUUUUCUGACAGCCUGUCUCCAAACAUUAUGUUUAUAUUUUUAUUUCACUCAUAUUUUUUUCUUCAUCAGCGAGACGAGGAAUUCAACAUAAUGAGACAGCUGAAGUAGAUAAUGAAUUUAUUAUUCAUCUGGGAUGUUGUCAAAGAGAAAUAUUUAACAGAAAUUGUUCAGUUUCUUAACAGUACCUACCUGAAAACCGACCACUUUAUCUGCUAACAAGAUUACAAAAAAUAUUCAAGGCACUCUGUGCAGUACUGAUAGUGUCAUUGUGUGAUAAGAAAUAUGUGAACCCUCUCCAAAUUACCUUUAUUACUGUGUGUCACUGAGGCGCUCUUGUGCUAUUGCUCAACCGGCUGCGGUUACAUUCAUAAAGAGCCGCAUUUUGCAAGAGCAAAGUUAAUCGUGGAAAAAUAAAAAUGAAAAAGCCGCGUGGCAUCCAUCUUGUUCCCCGGAUCUUUGGCGUCGAGUCCGAUUGCUCUGCGUUCACGCAUCAAGCACCCUUCUGGGUCAAAGGUCAGCUUAAGCUGAUAUAUAUUCUGAGAAAUCAAACCAUGUAUUGAGUCGAGAUAAGGAGGCGAUGGUGGACGGGUGAGAAGAGCAGACUUUGGACUUCCCUUCUCUUGCUGUCCUUCUUGGACUCGGCGGCGACACGUCGGCUCGUCUGUCUUCUUUCACAGAAAAAUGAAAAUUGAUUUCGCGCCCAUGGACGUGCCCCUCCACAGGAGGCUGCAGACUGCCGCGGUGGUCCAGUGGGUCUUCUCCUUCCUGGCUCUGGCGCCUACCUGCAUCAUCUUAUUCGUGUACCUGCUCUUCACUCGCUUCUGGCUGAUCAGUGUGCUGUACGCCCUCUGGUGGUACUAUGACUUCGACACGCCGGCGCGCGGCGGCCGCAGAGCGCCCGUUUUGUGUGGCCUCAAACUGUGGGGGUACAUGCGGGAUUAUUUCCCCAUCAAGCUGGUGAAGACAGCCGACUUGGACCCCAGACACAACUACAUCCUGGGUUUCCACCCUCAUGGCGUGCUGGUAGCAGGAGCCUUCACCAACUUCUGUACCGACGCCACUGGCUUCCCGCAGCUGUUUCCAGGCCUCACCAGCUACCUGCUGAUGCUGCCUCUGUGGUUCAGAGCUCCAUUCUUCAGGGACUACAUCAUGUGUGCUGGUUUGAUUCCGUCGGACAAAGAAAGCGCUAGUUAUGUGCUCCGCAAGAAGAAAGGUGGGAGUGCUGUUGUGAUUGCUGUUGGUGGGGCCCCAGAAGCCCUCGAUGCUCAUCCUGGCACCUUCAAUGUUCUCCUGGCCAAUAAGAAAGGCUUCAUCAAAAUGGCAAUGGAGCAUGGAGCUCACCUGGUUCCAGUUUUCUCCUUUGGAGAGAAUGAAGUGUAUGACCAAGUGGAAAACCCCAAAGGAACCUGGCUUCGGUGGACACAGGACCGGCUGCAAACCAUCAUGGGUGUCUCCCUGCCUCUUUUCCAUGCGCGUGGUAUUUUCCAGUACUCCUUUGGCCUGAUGCCCUACAGACGACCAAUCUACACAGUUGUUGGCCGGCCGAUCAAGGUGGAGAAGAAGGAGAAGCCGAGGGGUGAGGACCUGGACGCCCUCCACCAGCUGUACAUGGACGAGCUCAGCAGCUUGUUCGACAAGCACAAAGGCAACUAUGGAGUAGACAAGGACGUUCAUCUGAACUUUGUCUGACCGUGACCCGAGCAGGCGGGGAAUUGAACGGCUAUUUAUAUCUAAAGCUCGGGGUUCAGAUAGUUUAACAAUUUGAUCUGAAUUAGCUCUAAGUGGUGGACCUGCCAUAACAUUCCCAGUGAUAAUAAUGCUUCCUGGUACGUCAGUCAGUGUUGAAUUCAGCUAAACUGCAAAGAUUGACCGCAUUUUCUUUAAUUUACAUGAAAAUGUAAUUGUGGUUGAAUGAUAAAAAAGCACCAAGAAUGUUUUUGUUUUUUUUACAUUUAUUGAAUAAAUGCUGUUUUUGUAUGGCUAAUUCAUUUGUGUUUAUUUCAUCUGCUGCUAAAUA